UAAAACAAAUCCCAAACCAUCUGGAUGCUGCGUGCACUGGUCCAACCCGACAGGCUUCCUCCAGAUUGGUGAGCAGGCAAAGCCGGGUCCGCACCCAACGCUGCGAUCAGCCCGAGGCUCAGCCCUUCGGAGGCCCAGGUCGCCCAGGCCGCGGGGAGGAGAGGAGAGGAGGAGCCCAGGCCGCGCAGGCCACCACUAGCCGGAGCUCCGUGGACAGGCCCAGGGCCAACUCCUCCCUCACGGACCGACCCGGCCGCCGAGCCCGGGCUCCCUCACCUACCGUCCCGCGGGCCCGGACGCCGCGGCUCAGUGAACUCGCCACCCGCCCGCGGCGUCACUGUGGUAACGAGAAAGCGGCCUGGACACCACGCCCGCGAACCCUGGCCCACAGAGCGCAGCGCGCUUCCGGAAACCCCGGCUUCCGGAGCACGUCACUUCCGGGAGCGGCUCCUCUUCCGUCUGCUCGAGCUGGGUCCCGGCCGGGCCUGGAUGUUGUGGGAGCUGCGCGGCCUGCGGGGCGGGGCGGUGAGUCGGAGCGGGCCUAGCCCUUCUCCAGCCACCUACGCCGGGCGCUGGCCUGCGGACCCCGUCCGCCUCCCUCUCUCUGCCCCGAACUCCCUCGGUCCCCGUCGGCUCCCCGGGACCCCGGUGCGCGCUCUCGGGCCGGGAGGCCAGGCCCUGUGGUCAAGCUUGUCGCCCGUGCCUUCACAACGCAGCAGCUGCAGAUGAGGGGCUCCCCGAGCUGAGCGCCUGGCGAUGGCCGCUCCCUGGAGGUUCGCCCUGCUGCUGGUCCUGGCGGCCCAGGCGGUGGCCCCGGGAAAGUGCUCGGAGGACGACGACGUCCCGGAGGAGUGGCUCCUUCUGCACGUGGUCCAGGGCCAGAUAGGAGCCGGAAACUACAGCUACUUGCGGUUGAACCAUGAGGGCAAAAUCAUUCUCAGGAUGCAGAGCCUGAGAGGGGACGCAGACCUGUACGUGUCCGACAACACGCUGCACCCCAGCUUCGAUGAGUACGAGCUGCAGUCGGUCACCUGCGGCCAGGACGAGGUCUCCAUACCUGCGCACUUCCAGCGCCCGGUGGGGAUAGGAAUUUAUGGACACCCAUCACACCUCGAGAGCGACUUUGAGAUGAGGGUAUACUAUGACAGAACAGUGGAUCAGUACCCAUUCGGGGAGGCUGCCUACUCUGCUGACCCCACGGGAGCCGGUCAGAAGCAAGCUUACACUCCGGAGGAGGCGGCCCAAGAAGAGGAGUCCCUCCUCUGGACGAUAUUGAUUAGCAUUUUGAAGUUGGUACUUGAAAUUCUCUUCUGAUUUCUUGACCACAAAUCUUUAUCUGCGCGGGGUGAUAACAGCUUGCUGCAAACCUAGCUACUUGGUGAAAUUGUGGUUACCUUUUCUACACUAGGAUGAAAAAAUAAAGCCAUACCAGUCUCGUUACCUCAGUUACUCCCAAACAGAAACGGCAGCAAGCACAAUAUUUUAAAGAUCAAAAGUCCUAUAAAAGGAGUAUGCUCGCUCAAUAAAACGUUUAAACACAUCUUGGUUAGUCAGGUGAGUAAAAAGAUUAUUGCAGUAACAGGUUAUAUAAACCAAAGUCGAAUGACCUUUUCAUGUUGGUUCCAGAUCAGAUUAAAAGGCUGAGAACUUUAGAAAUGCUGUAGACAUUGUAAAUGAAGUUCAGCUGUCAAGUUUUAAAGAGGCACCAAAACCAAGGAGGAGAUGCCAUAGCACCCUAACUUUUCCCAAGCCUCGGCCUUCCUGACAGGCAGGUAUUUGCAAACUGUUGCUGUGCCAGCUGACGAUUCCAAAUCCAGCUGUACCAGACCUUACACCAUUUGCCCUGGGGGCUAAUCAGAACUCUGGUUAAGAAGUAACUGAUAAAUAAAGUAGGCCAGGAACUACUACCACAGGUGGGGGUAGCCUGGCACUAGCAGUAGCUGGUCAGGCUCAAAAAGGAAGAAAUACUUAAGUUGCUACAUAUUUCUGCUGAAUCCUUGGAAAAAGACAACACUAAGAUAAUUUUUU